UGGCUAUCGAGACACGUGAAGGUCAGCAUAGCGCUCGAACAGUGUACACAGUUGUUAAAUAUCACCAUUAAGCGAUUAUUUGCCAUUGUUUUCCCCAAUGGAUAAUCAAGGAGUCACGGCAGACCCUCAACUGCAGCAGUUUAUCGAGAUCGAGUCUCAGAAGCAGAGGUUUCAGCAGCUGGUUCAUCAGAUGACAGAAGUGUGCUGGGAGAAGUGCAUGGAUAAGCCUGGCCCGAAGCUCGACUCCAGGACAGAGGUGUGUUUUGUAAACUGUGUGGAACGAUUUAUCGAUACAAGUCAGUUCAUUCUCAACAGACUAGAACAAACUCAGAGGAGUAGAGGAACCUUUUCUGAAACCAUGACAGACUAGUAGAACCACAGCCAAUGACAAGAUCGCAUCAUUCAGCCACUUACUGAGGCUUUGGCAGGCCAACGUGAGAACUGUGAGGCAACAGCUAUCAACAGGAUUCAAUUCAUUUCUCAAAGACAAAGUGCCUCAUUUUGCUCUGUUUAUUAUUGUAAAGGCCAUAUAUUCAAAAUCAAAUGGAUGCAUGUCCCAGUCCCAUAGCCUGUUUAUAGUCACUGUCGAUAUUGACUUUUCCCAGUGCUAAGACUUUGGUAUGAAAUCAAGGAAACAUCAUGGAACAUCAACUGAAAGGUGCCUUUGUACGGAUCUGAUCUGGAAUUUAGGAGGAGGCUCUGCUUUCGCUUUCUCUUCAACUUAAAUACCAAGUCUGCACUCCAUUGUCUUACUGGGAACGCUUCAAGAUUCAGUGUGUGUUGAAAUGUGGACUUGAAAUAAAAAGAUAAAAUACCUCCUGCAGUUUUUCAUAUGAUGUAUAAAAAUAAGAAAGCAGAGGUAAAGUUAAAUACUAUUAGACAUCUCAGAGGUUUCAGUGUCCUAUUUAUAAAAACAGAUUACCGGGCACUUCAUAAUAUAUAUAAUAAAAAUCAAU